UGGUCACGUGAGUGGGGUACAAACAUGGCCGACGAGGCAGGGGAGGUAAACACAGCUGUCGAGGGUCGUGAAGAAAAACAGCAGCAAGAUGAGCUCCAAGUUUCGGGACCCGCCGCUGACGGAGAGCCCGAAGGCAGCGACGGGCAGGACCGGACGGAGACGGAGGCUCUGGCGGCGGCAGAGAGCAGCUGGUCGGCUCCCAUCCUGUCUCUGGCUCGAAAGGCCACGGAGACGAUCAGCAGCGGGAUGAGCUACGCUGCUGCCCCCAGAAAGAGCUCCAGUGCGAGCUCCCCGACCGAGAAAGAGCCUGAAAGUGACCUCAGUAGUACUUCAAAGAAGCUUCCAGUUCUGCCCCCCAGAGACCCCAUGGCAAUAGAGAGAUCCAACCUCCUCAGCAUGAUGAAACUGAGCAUCAAAGUGUUAAUCCAGUCCUCCUUGAGUCUGGGCAGGACCAUGGACUCAGAGUACCCUCCUCUGCAGCAGUUUUUUGUCGUCCUGGAGCAAUGCCUCAAACAUGGGCUGAAAGCCAAGAAAUCUUUCAUCGGUCAGAACAAGUCCAUAUGGGGACCACUGGAGCUGGUAGAGAAGUUGUGUCCAGAGUCUGUCAACAUUGCCACAAGUGCCAGAGACCUGCCCGGCAUUAAGACCGGUUUGGGAAGAGCAAGGGCUUGGCUUCAUCUGGCGCUUAUGCAGAAAAAAGUAGCGGACUAUCUGAAAACCCUGCUGGACCAAAAGGACCUCCUUAGUGAGUUUUAUGACUCUGGAGCAUUGAUGAUGGAGGAGGAGGGGGCGGUAAUGGGGGGUCUGCUGGUGGGCCUGAACAUAAUUGAUGCUAACCUUUGCAUCAAAGGGGAGGAUCUCGAUUCUCAGGUGGGAGUCAUUGACUUCUCUCUUUACCUGAAAGACCCUGCCAACAGUGAGACUCAAAAAGAUGAUGCCAAGAUGACAGCCAUAUUGGAUCAGAAACACUACAUUGAGGAGUUAAAUCGCCAUUUAAGCGGCACCGUCACCGACCUUCAGGCUAAGAUGGACUCUCUGGAGAAGACCAACAGUAAACUCGUAGAGGAGCUGACAGCAGCGACAGACAGAAUCAACUCUCUGCAGGAAGAACAGGAGCAGCUGAAACGGCAGAAUGAGUCAAUCUUACAGUCCAGCCAGAAAAAAGAAGAGGCAGCCCUUCAGGACAGCCAGGUAGAACUGGAGACGUACAAACAGACUCGACAAGGCCUGGAUGAGAUGUACAAUGUGGUGUGGAAGCAGUACAAAGAGGAAAAGCGCAUUCGCCAGGAGCUGGAGCGUGAAUUGGAGCUGCAGGUGGGACUGAAGCAGGAGAUGGAAGUCGCCAUGAAGCUGCUGGAGAAGGACACGCAUGAGAAACAGGACACACUGGCGGCACUACGGCUCCAGCUUGAUCAGGUCAAGACUCUCAACCUGCAAAUGUUCCACAAAGCACAGGACUCAGAACGACAGGCGGAAAAAAAGCAGGCGGAGGCUGUGCAGCUGGAGCAGAGGAUGAAUGAAAUGGAGAAAGCCAUGAUGGAGCUAGAACAGAGGCUACAGAACUCGGAGCAGCAGCGCAAACAGAGUGACCAGUCAGACAAAGACAUGAAGGUGGAGCUGGAAGGAAAAGUUGACGCUUUGCAAAAACAACUAACAGACCUGGAUACACUAAGGCUGGGUCUGGAAAAUGAGCUGCGCACCGAGAGAGAACAGAGACAAAGUUUGCAAAAAGCCCUUCAGCGGGAACAAGACAACAGCGUUGAACUUCGCACGCAACUGCAGCAGCUCCAGGGUCUGCACUCGGAGCUGCAGGAUUUGAAGCAGGAGAAGCAGCAGCUGCAGCAGACAUGUGAACAGCAGGAACAGGCUCUACAGGAGAUGGGACUGCAUCUUAGCCAGUCUAAACUCAAGAUGGAGGAUUUCAAGGAGGUCAACAAGGCCCUGAAGGGCCACGCCUGGCUGAAAGAUGAUGAAGCGACUCAAUGCAAGCAAUGCCAGAAGGAGUUCUCUAUCUCACGCCGGAAGCACCACUGCAGAAACUGUGGAGACAUCUACUGCAACAACUGCUCCAGUAACGAGCUGGCCUUACCCUCCUAUCCCCGGCCUGUUCGAGUGUGUGACAUGUGCCACUCCCUCCUGCUGCAGAGAAGCUCCUCCACAGCUUCCUGACACAACACCUGCAAGUGUUUUUUUGAAAGCUUUCCAACACUGCACAUACUCACCAUCAAAUCUUAGGGAAAUGUGAUUUGGUGUACCAUUGCCAGAGUUACCUGAAAUUCAGGCACAUUAGUUCAUCUGUACUAAACAAAGUCACCUUUUUAACACUGAUGGGAUGAGCUAAUACUUUAUGCAGACUGUAUUCUAAGGACACUUUGCUAAGGAUGAAAAUAUUUAUGUUGUCAAUGUUUCCUUGGAAUGAAAUAACAUCAGUUUAACAACUUAGUACUCACUUGAUAAACUGGUCUUUUUAAAAUGUAGUUUUUCUAAUUAAAUUGUGGGUGUAGAUUAUGUUGAGGACUCAAAGUCACUCACUUCAGCUUUUGCUGAGGAUCUUUUGUGUAGCUCAUUUAUAGCAAACACAUCAUGCCCCCCCCCCCCCCCCCAACAGCUAUGACCCCCACUGCUGGAUUCAUGCAAAAUUAUUGUAAAUGACUGUAGAAUGUUGACAAAAAUCUUACUAUUUUAGAAUGUAUUAUAACAGGGAUUUGUCAAGUAUGUCAACUGCUACAAAGCCAUUUUCUUAACCUGGGAAUGGUGACCAAAAGUGUUUUUUAUCUAGACAUUUGAUAAAUUAAUAAAGCCUCCUGUUUUCCAGUGCUUGUUUCAAUUAGAUAUUCCAGACUAGUUUAUUCACUUUGUGCACAGGAAAUACAAAUAGCAUUUGAAGCAGUAGAAACCUUCAUGGUAGCCGAUUUGAAAUUCGCUUGCUUUUGAUAUAGCCCUCAUUCAGAAAAACUAACCUAUCAACAGUCACACCUUAAGAAAACAAAACAUGCGCUGACCAUAUGAAGUUUCAAAUUCAGAUAGACAUUGUAAUGGGAAAUUUAAAAAAAAAAAAAAAAAAAAAGCUAAACACUAUGUAGAAGAUGAAACAAGGUCUAAACAUCAAAAGAUACCAGACAUUUUCAGUUUUCUUGUUCAUGCACUCAGACAUUGAAACAUGUUGAAUCCACCAGCACAGGAUGAGUUAACCUUGAGAAAUAGCCAGGUGUUUGGAGAACGGUAACACAAAACAGCAUCCUUCCAGCUAAUGACAAUGUAAAGCGUGGUUUCUGUAAGGAGGAAUGGGGGAAGAGAAACAGCACUUCUGACAUAUUUCUUGUGACAACAGAUGAUCUUGCUUCUCUCAGACGAUCAUCCACUUAAAAAAAAUACAAACCCUACCCCUCAGUAUUUUCAAAACAACCUGACCUGACCCUAUCCUAUGUUUACGAGGUGAGACUUACGUUUCCAGUCCUUUCAGCAAAAUGCUGCGUUAAAAAACACAUGAAAUUAAAGGGGGGACCAAAAAAAAAAAAAAUCUACAUUCCCCAUCCCCCUCCCAGUCCAUUCAUUGAGCCUCUGCUUCCUCCUCCUCCACCACCGCCAUAGUAACUGCUUCCCAUUCCGCCCUGGUUACCUAACAAGAGAGACAGAAUACACACUAUAGGACCGAGGAGUUCAUCAAAAAGUCAUGCACAGCAAAACUCAGCUCCCUCAAGGUAAAAGCUUGUUACGUCUCAAGUUCAGUAUUAGCACACAGCUGUAUUUCACAUCAGUGGGGUUUGUUUUUUAAAAUCAGACUAGACGUGUUCACAACAUGACAUUUUCUUUUUGAAUGGAGAGAGAGCAAAUGUAACAUCUUCUACUAAAUUAUAGAUUGUAGCCUAAAAGGACUCAGCUGAUUGGGGAAAAUGGGAGGAAUGUUUAUACAGUAUAUCUCACUUUUAUCUGUUGCUUGUACUGCUCAUUUAUCUAAAAAACUAAAGCCUGAAUGAAGUCAUACGGAGAAAUUCAGGUUGUAUUUCAAACUAUAUACUGUAUUUCCACAGAAGCCAGGGUCAAGCCAAUGUAACAGUAGCAGCCUGAGGAGCAGCGUUAGAGUAAUGGAUCACAAAGUGCUCAUGUUGUGGAUGUACUUUGAAGCGACAGGCCCCAAUGCAGCUUUCUCACAAAUAAUUGCAACUUUCCACAAUAUGGACAACCUAGUUUUAUGAAGUAACUCCCUUUCCCGCUGUGACAUAUUACUUUAGAGUAAGUUAUACUGUAUCUUUUAGAGGAAAUCGGCCAGGAAACUGUUUUGUUAGCCUAGUAUAAACUAAAGGAGUUUCUUAGAGCCCAGAACAUGUUUUGCUGCCAGAGAAGAAAUUGAGUAAAAUUACACCAUAGGCGUCUUCGUUAGUGCAGAAGGAAACUUUGAAAUCUGUCAGACAACUAAGAAUUAGACAGAUGGGCUCAAGAGGAGUCUUAGUAUAAACAGUAUUAUGGCGUUUCCUGUUCGACUUGCGAGAGAAAAGGCUUCAGUUGUAAGCACUCUCUUCACUGAAGAGUGUAGUUUAAGGGGAAUGUAAAUGAAAACUAUUACAACAGAGCUGACACUCACUAUAGUCACUGUAGCCACCCAUAUUUCCUUGGCUGCUGUAUCCACCAGAGUACCCUGAACUCAGCUGGCCACCGCUGUAGGAUGAUUGGUUACCUGUGGAAAGGACAGUCAUUUUAGGUUCAAGAGGAAAUUAAAGCAGCAUAAAAUAUGCCUAAGAUGUGACACUCUAUUGUGUGUUUGAGCAAAUUACCAAGAAUCAUUAACAACUGUAGUGUGCUUGUGUCUAAGCAUUUUUAUCCCAACAACAGAGGGCACUAGUCUCAACACCUCUAGUACAAACGCUUACCCAUGCCACCCAUCAUUUGGCUGCCGUAGGCUCCAUUACUGCCACCUGCUGUUGAGUUCAAGAACAGCUCCACAUAGCGGUGCUCUGAGGGGAAAAAUAAUAUGAACAUGCAACUCAAAAAAAACACAACUAAUCAAAAGAAGAGCAUGUGAUUUAUUUCCAAGUGCUUUCAAACCAAACUCACGCAUGUUGGCUUUGUCUUUGGACAUGGCUGCCACAGCAUCUUCAUGUGUUGCAAACUCUACAUCUGCCUCCCCGGUUACUCUGCCGUCUGGGCCGAUCUCAAUGUGGACUCGCACUGGAUUCAACGGCGAGAAGAACUAGGAAUAAAAACAAUGGACAAAUUAACUAGUGGCCCACUUCCUUAAGCUGCAUAUACAAUCAACACAUCUGUAGUAUACACAGAAAACAAUGGAUGUUGGUGAGGUCGCAGCAGCUCACAUUGUAGAUGUCUGUCUCUGUGGCUCUGUAUGGCAGGCCUCUCAUGUGGACACAGUGGCCUGUUGUGCUCUGGAAGGAAGAGCCGCCAUCGCCGUACCGUCCGUCCGAUACACCUGAAUAUACAUAAAUGAGAUUAACACGAGGUCUUGUGACGACUUUGCAUCCUAAUCUCAUUAAUUCUAUUGUGCAGCUUUAGCAUGACGAGACAGAGGGAGAGUGAUUAUUUGAAACAACUGCACAGGUUCACACCACAAAAACUCAUCUCUGCUGUUCGUUAAGUCCACGUGCACCCACCUCCUCCGUAGCCUCCUCGACGCAUUCGGUCAUAGGAUCCACCUCGGCCCAUCAUGUUGUAGCCACGACCACCAGAGGGCCGGUCAUAGGGGCCAGGUCUCUGCAUGCCCAUUGGCUUCCGCUGGGGUUCAUAAUGGGUUCGCACCUCAGCGCGGCUACUCUUGAAGAUCUCAAUGUACCUAAGAGCAUAGAGAUACCACAGUGAGGGCAUGGGGAAUGGAUGAACACCGCAUUUGCUCAAUACUGGUGAAACUGGGCUAUGCAGAUGCUGUCAUGGUGCAGUCCAUAGGUAGUAUAAUCUUUGAGUAUUUAAUGCUAGAUGUCAACAAAGUAAAUAUAAACAACUUAUUUACUGACUUGGAAAAAAAAGGAAGUUGUCCAAAUUGAUAAGGGCCUCAGUGACUUUUACACUUUUCUUAUGGUUACCGGAAGUGCUUUAGAGAUCUGAUUCAAAAAUGGUAUAGUAACAAUGUCCUGUGUCCUUGCCAUGACAGCGAUUGUCCUGGUUUUAGAGGGACAGAAAGAGCUCCAGCACCUCUGCAACCCACUCUAAGCAUUACCUGUCAUAGUGGGCUCCAUAUCCUUGUGUACAGUGGCCCUCUGAUUUUACCACCAGGGAGAGUCCUCACCAUUUAUCAACCUGGACUAGUGUUUAGUGCUCAGACACCAUAUGUUCUCAAAAUUAGCCAUGUACUCAAAUUCAGGAUGUUUUUCUGAAUGGUGCCCAAGCACUAAUCUUCCCACUGAACAUUGUGAAUGUGUGGAAAAGUUGGAUCUACCAUGGCAAUUAGUGUAAAUGUGUGGCAAAUAUUACAGAUAUGCUCAAAAGUAGCCAAGAUUAAUGUGGUGUCAGUUUUGUAUUUGACUCAGAUGUUGAAGGUGCACACCAUAAGAAAAGCAACUUAUCCAGCCAACCAACCAACCAUCCCCACCUGUGCCCUAUUCUUUCCUUGUGUUUCUUUAGAGCCUUUUCAGCUAUAUCCUGUGAAGCAAACUGCACGAAGGCCUCCCCCGUACUCCUCCCCUGGAUGUCCACCGGCAAUGUUAUCCCAUUUGGCACGAUUUCCAACCCUUCAACCCAAGGACAGAUAACCCCAGCAGGGGACAUAUUAAAUCACAUGCCCAAUCACAGAGAGAACUUUCUCUAAAGAGAGAGAUAGAAAACUUAUGGAAAACUCUAUACAUCAUCACACAUACCAGUUCAGUUUUUAACCAGUGACUGGCCAUUUACACGAGUUAUUUUAACUGUAUUCUUGGGAUAAAAUAGAAAUGACAGGAUAGAGGAAGAAUAUGGAAAAGGGCACUGCGUGGGACAUCAGGCUAGUAUUGGUGUGUUGAUGAAAAGAGAAUAAGAUCUUGGUGGGUGACAUGAGUAAAAUUACUGUUCGCAAAUUAAGUACUAAUCUAACAUUUAGCAUAUACUAUUUAUAAGAAGUGUAUUUAAAAGACGAAAGUGUGAGGAAAUGGUGAAAGAAACAAUGACACUGGGGUAAGAGGGAGAAGCUACUGUGUUAUCAGUGAUGAGUGGGAUCCAUUCCAUCAUUAGUAUACCACCAUUAAGCACAGACAACUUAAAAAUGUAAUAUCAGACUUGGUUACAAAAAGGGAUGAAUGUGGGCUCAAGAUGGAUAUGAUGGGCAAAGAUGGGAAAGGAUGCUUGCAUAACAGAUUCCUGCUUUUGAACAAAACAUCAAGUCUUCAAAAAAAAAAAAAAUCCUCUAAACUGCAACUGGGUUCCUUUUCCGCCGUCAUUUAUGUUUUACAAGACAAUGUAACAUUCUCGAAUGGCAUAUUGACUUCUUUGUAAAUCAGAUGCAACAAGUAGUCAGUGUUGGUAAGAAAAAGGAAACAAGAAAAGGAAGGUGGGGAAAAAAGUUAAAAUUACCAACAUUAAAAGGUUUUAUAAUUAACUGCUGAACAAGGCCUGUUCUUACCUGAGAAAAACUGUACUAUCUCCUCCUUGCUGCAGCCAAAGGGAAGGCCUCGGAGCCGCACAAGCCCAUCUCCUGCUGUCUCUGGACAGUUUGGGCCUGUGUGCUUCAUGACCCAGUCCAUCUCGACAUUGUUGGAUUUAAACACUACAUCACAGGACACCGGACAAUUAGUUUUUAUGCAUUAAAGCAGACAAAAUUACAUUGCUCAUCACAAACAACUCAUCAUUUGUAUGCUGCUGUACAUACCCUCUACAUAUCUGUGACCCAUAGUUUCUCUGUCCUUCUUCACGGCAAUCUUCAGGUCUUCUUCUGUCUCCAAUUCAACAAACGCCUCUCCACUGGGACGUCCCUCUCUUGUGUAGGUGAAGUGGAUGCCGCCUCCAUUGUUGACGAUUUUGCAAUCUG